CAGAAUAGUAGGUCUCUCUAGAUCGAAAACGGAUAGAAUUGCAAAGAAAGAGAGACAACUUAAUUUCCUUCUAAAUUAUUUCACAAUUUCACAAAAUUUUAUUUUUAUUUCGUUAAAAUCGCAAGAAAACAGUAAUUCUCUUUUUACUUCUAUUUUAAAUUAGUUAGUGGAAUAAGUAAGGGACACAAAAACACAUUAGAAAUGGAAAAUAGCGGUCAGAAACCCGAAAGCGAGCAGGAGGCAAGAGAAGAAGAUCGUCAUGAACCCACAUCGCAAACAGAAACAAAAGCAAUUUUAAAAAAUAUUCAUGAAAAGUCAUCUAAUCUUUUGAGUAAAUUGCAAGAGAAAAAACAUGCCCUUCAAAAUAAGACGAAGGACAAUUCGGAAGCUAGCGAUAGGAUUGCUCGGAUAGCCUUAAAAACAAUGAAAUCGUCUCAAAACACAAUUGAUGUGGAAGGUAAUGCAAGGGGAAAUGCAUCAUCUUCAAAACAGUUAAAAAAUACGGAAUCAAAGGUAGCUCCUCAUUGCAAUGGCGCAAUUCCCAAAAUUCCGAUUAAUAGUCCAGCUGUUGAUCCAUCUGAAGACAACAAGAAGCAAUUGGCAGAAACAAAUGAAGUGGCCUCCAAAUUGUUUUCGAAAUGUUCAAAAAGUGAAUUAAAAGGUUUGGUCGGAGGCCUGCAAGAAUUAAUUGUCAAACUAACAGUAAAUGACAAUAAAUUGCAACAAAAGGUUCAAAAGCUAGCUUCAGAUAUCAAAGUUCUGAAAGACUUUCCCUUAUUAAACCAAAUCCCAACGGACAAAUCGCUUAAACAAAACAGUACGAACAGCCAAAAAGUAGUGGAGAAAUCUACUCGUCGAGGACCAGAAGAAAAAUCACCUCAAUGCAUCAAUGAAAAGCAAGACAGAAAUCAAAAGAUAAGUAAAGAAAUAAAUCCAAGGGAUGUUCUCCUGAAUUACAUCAACUCCUCGCUAUUGGAAUAUACAGGAGAUGACAAAAGUUCUACAAAAGUCACUUGUACUAUGAUGAACCUUGAUGAUUUGGAAAAUUUUGGACAAAUGUUGGUGAAGAUGGGAUUUGGAAGUAUAGUAGAAGGUGAAAUACGCGUCAACCGAAAAAACAACAGACAAGCCUUUAUUUCACUAAGCAAUGACAGGGAAUCUGGUGAAAGGGACGCCAUUGUUACCGUGCCUGCUGCUAGACAUUUUGCAUUUGAUGGAGACAUAGUUCGAGCCUUUGUCUUUAACGUAAAACCUAACCCCAGCAAAUUGGGACAAAGUGAAAAUAGGAGACAGAGAACGUCUUCUGUUAAUAUAAUGGGUGGCAAAGAAAAUUCAAUUUGCUUGACAGAAGAUGAAGACCCACUCAAUGAAUGUGACUCUCCUCCCGAUACUGACAUUGAAGACGAUAACGUGGCUGCAAUCUCACUCGACAACUGUCGCAAAGCAUUUGUUAUUUCCAUAAUCAAGCAAACCGAAUUGCGCGAAGUUGUUGGCUCUAUAAAUUUCAUAAAAACUACAACAUUAAACUCAAAAGUUUACUACAAAUUGAAGCCCCAUGAUAUGAGAAUUCCCAUGGUCUAUAUUCCUGAAGAAUCGUGUCAGAGUCAUGUUGAUGCAGCUAGCAAAGAUGACAUUGUGGGCAUGCUCUUCUUAGCCCUAAUAUUGGAAACGGAUAUUAGCGGCCACUAUAUUGGAGAGUUGUUACAACCUGUUGGAAAGGUUGGUAAUUUGGAAGCUGAAAUUAAGGCAAUUCUACUACACAACGGGUUGAAAAAACUGAAACCAUACGAUCAGAAAUUCUAUGACAUGUAUGACGGUCCAAUGCCACCAAUCACUGAAGAUGAUUUAAAGUUUAGAGAAGACCUGCGCAAAAAGUGUGUAUUCACCAUAGAUCCCCUAACGGCUAGAGAUUUGGAUGAUGCAAUGUCUGUGGAGAAAAUAUCCGAAGAUGAAUAUGAAAUCGGUGUUCACAUUUCGGAUGUUUCGCAUUAUCUUGAAGAGAAUUCAGAACUAGACAAUUUAGUCAAAGAAAGAGCUACAUCUAUAUACUUAGUUAACGAAGUGAUACAUAUGCUGCCAACAUCGCUGUGUUUCCGAUGUUCCCUUUUGCCAGGGGAAGAUAAAUUUGCUUUUUCUGUCUUUUGGCGUUGGAAUGAGUCUCAACAAACUUUAUCCGAACCCAGGUUUACACGAACUGUUUUGAAUUCCUGUUCACAAUUUGCCUACGAACACGCCCAGAUGAUCAUAGAUAACCCCAAUGAAGAUUUCUCCGAUAGUGAUUUACCGGACAUUUUUAACGGCUUUACACCAGACGACAUAAAGUGGCGCGUGCUGUUGCUGUACUCAAUAUCGAAACAUUUAAAAACAAAGCGCUACGAAUCAGGGGCCUUAUCCAUAAAUAAUCCAAAGUUGCGUUUUAAUCUGGACCCUAUAACAGGCGAGCCGCUUUCUUAUGAAGUUGAGGGACGCAAAGAGGCGAAUUUCCUGAUUGAAGAGUUUAUGCUUUUGGCAAAUCAAGCAGUUGCUAAGUUCACACAUCAGCAUUUUCCCAAUACAGCUAUUCUGCGUAAUCAUGCGCCUCCCUUGCAAAAAUCUAUGCGCGCACUUAAGGAUCGAUUGGCAAAUAUGGAUUUGGAAUUUGAUAUUAGCACGUCAAAGACUCUAUAUGAAAGUAUGAAACGCAUUACCCGGGCCAGUGAAAAUCCUGCAGCAGUCGAAGCAUGUCUUAAUACUUUUUUGACCAAACCCAUGGCACGUGCACGGUAUUAUUGCAGUGAAGGAAAAACAACGGAUGCCGAUUUCUGGCAUUAUGCUUUGUCUAUUCCGAUAUACACACAUUUUACCAGUCCAAUUAGACGGUAUCCAGACAUUUUGGUUCAUAGAAUACUUGCAGCAUCUUUAAAUUACUGCUCACCGUCGAAACGAACUCCCGACGAGCUUCAUGAACUGACCAAAAUUUGUAAUGAGCAGAAGUUCAAUGCCAAAAACGCAGGUGACGAAUCUAUUGACCUUUUUUUCCAUCGCUAUAUACGUUCGAAGGAGUCAAUAACGCUUAAGGCCGCUGUGACAGAUGUCUUUAAACACAUGUUAAAUGUUGUCAGUAUUGAAACAGGUCAUUCCUUCACCAUCAACUAUAAACAACAGAAAGUUAUUAUUGACACAACACAUGUGCCACAAUAUGUAUUGGUUUCAGAAAAGAAAUCCCAGGUGCCGCCCGUUAAAUUACAAAUAUUUUCAACGAUUGACAUACGAGUGGUAUUACGAGACAACAAGAAGUGUGCGUUUAUAAUUUUUCAGGAUAAGAAUAAAAAAGUACAAAGUAAUACUGCCAACGGUGUUCAAAACAAUCCAAAGCACUUAUCUAAGGAACCGUCAAAGAAAAAUAAACCUAGGAAAAAGCGUGCAAAAACCCAAACUAGAAGCGAAAUUGUUUAUGCUGUGGAUGCAGAUUAAGGACCAUAAUAGCGCUACGUUUUGGAAUUACCAAGAAUAUUGUAGAUAGAUGUCUAAAUUAAAAAAAAAUUGUGAUUAUCUUUAGAUUACUAUUUCAAAGUAUAUAGAACAUGUUUUUAUUCUAAUUUCUAAUUUAACAUUAGAUUUAAAUGAUUUUAUAUAAAAGCGUUCUUGUAUUAAUACUUUGUUAUAAAGUAAUUAAUACACAUUCAUGACAAAACUAACUUUAUUUUUUUUUAUUUCACAUAAACUGCAUUAAACCUGAAGUGAAAAUCAAAUGCAAAUAAAACAAAUAUUUUUUCAGACAGUA